UCCCCUUCCCGGCGGGGGACAUGGCCAGGGUCUGACCCCGGAGGAGGCCGCACCCGCGCCGCACUCUGCGGCGGGCUCUAGGCGAUGCCGAGUAGCUCGGACACAGCGCUGGGGGGAGGCGGGGGCCUGAGCUGGGCCGAGAAGAAGUUGGAGGAGCGCCGCAAGCGGAGGCGAUUCCUGUCCCCUCAGCAGCCGCCGCUGCUGUUGCCGCUCCUGCAGCCGCAGCUCCUGCAACCGCCGCCGCCCCCGCCGCCUCUGCUCUUCCUGGCUGCCCCCGGCGCGGCCGCCGCCGCAGCCGCCGCCGCCGCGGCCUCCUCCUCCUGCUUCAGCUCGGGCCCUCCUCUGGAGGUCAAGCGGCUGGCGAGAGGCAAGAGGCGCCCCGGAGGGCGGCAGAAGCGGCGCCGCGGGCCCCGCGCCGGGCAGGAGGCGGAGAAGCGCCGGGUCUUCUCGCUGCCCCAGCCGCAGCAGGACGGCGGUGGCGGUGCCAGUAGCGGCGGGGGUGUGACCCCGCUGGUGGAGUACGAGGAUGUGAGCUCCCAGUCCGAGCAGGGGCUGCUGCUGGGGGGCGCCAGCGCGGCAACGGCGGCGACGGCUGCCGGGGGAACGGGGGGCAACGGCGGGAGUCCGGCCUCCUCCUCCGGCACGCAGCGGCGCGCGGAGGGGUCGGAGCGCAGGCCGCGCCGGGACCGUCGCAGCAGCAGCGGCCGCAGUAAGGAGCGCCACCGCGAGCACCGGCGGCGGGAUGGGACGCGCAGUGGCAGCGAGGCCUCAAAGGCCCGCAGCCGCCACGGACACAGCGGCGAGGAGCGGGCGGAGGCAGCUAAGAGCGGCAGUAGCAGCAGCGGUGGCGGCCGCCGCAAGAGUGCGUCGGCUACGUCCAGCAGCAGCAGCAGCCGCAAGGACCGGGACCUCAAGGCCCAUCGCAGCCGGACUAAGUCGUCCAAGGAACCGCCCUCGGCCUACAAGGAGCCGCCCAAGGCCUACCGGGAGGACAAGAGCGAGCCGAAGGCCUACAGGCGGCGGCAGCGGUCCCUGAGCCCGCUGGGAGGCCGGGACGAAAGCCCGGUGUCCCACAGGGCCUCGCUGAGCCUCCGGAGCCGCAAGUCCCCCAGCCCAGCGGGAGGUGGCAGCAGUCCCUAUUCCCGGCGGCUGCCGCGCUCCCCGAGCCCCUAUAGCCGGCGCCGCUCGCCCAGCUACAGUCGCCACAGCUCCUACGAGCGGGGCGGCGAUGUAUCCCCCAGCCCGUACAGCAGCAGCAGCUGGCGGCGCUCUCGCAGUCCCUACAGCCCAGUACUCAGACGAUCUGCCAAAUCCCGAAGCAGAAGCCCAUACUCAUCUAGGCACUCAAGAUCUCGUAGCAGGCAUAGACUGUCUAGAUCCAGGAGUCGUCAUUCAAGCAUUUCUCCUAGCACACUAACUCUGAAGAGUAGCUUGGCAGCUGAAUUGAACAAGAAUAAAAAGGCAAGAGCUGCAGAGGCAGCAAGAGCUGCAGAAGCAGCAAAAGCUGCAGAGGCUGCUAAGGCUGCUGAGGCAGCUGCCAAAGCUGCGAAAGCCUCAAAUGCUUCUACACCCACGAAGGGGAACACAGAGACUGGUGCCAGUGUCUCACAGACGAACCAUGUGAAGGAAGUAAAAAAACUUAAAACUGAGCAUGCACCUUCUCCUUCAAGUGGUGGGACUGUCAAAAGCGACAAAGCAAAAACAAAGCCACCACUUCAAGUAACAAAGGUAGACAAUAAUUUGAUUGUAGAUAAAGCCACCAAGAAAACAGUUGUUGGGAAGGAGAGUAAACCUGCUGCUACAAAGGAAGAACCAGUGUCCACUAAAGAGAAAACCAAGCCACUCACUCCAAGCAUAGGAGCCAAGGAGAAGGAGCAGCAUGUGGCUUUAGUGACCUCUACAUUACCACCAUUACCUUUGCCUCCCAUGCUGCCUGAAGAUAAAGAUGCGGAUAGCUUAAGAGGCAAUAUUUCUGUCAAAGCAGUUAAAAAAGAAGUAGAAAAGAAACUUCGAUGUCUGCUUGCUGACUUACCAUUGCCCCCUGAGUUACCGGGAGGAGAUGAUCUUUCCAAGAGUCCAGAGGAGAAGAAAACAGCAACACAGUUACAUAACAAAAGAAGGCCUAAAAUAUGUGGGCCUCGCUAUGGUGAAAUCAAAGAAAAAGAUAUUGACUGGGGGAAACGCUGCGUGGAUAAAUUUGAUAUCAUCGGAAUUAUUGGAGAAGGUACUUAUGGACAAGUUUACAAAGCCAGGGACAAAGACACUGGAGAAAUGGUAGCCUUAAAGAAAGUACGUCUGGAUAAUGAAAAGGAGGGUUUCCCAAUUACAGCAAUUAGAGAAAUUAAAAUUCUUCGGCAGCUCACCCAUCAGAGUAUCAUCAAUAUGAAGGAAAUAGUGACUGAUAAAGAAGAUGCUUUGGAUUUUAAGAAAGACAAAGGUGCAUUUUACCUGGUGUUUGAAUAUAUGGACCAUGAUCUGAUGGGACUGCUGGAAUCAGGCUUGGUUCAUUUUAAUGAAAACCAUAUAAAAUCUUUUAUGAGACAGCUCAUGGAAGGCCUGGAUUAUUGUCAUAAGAAGAACUUUUUGCAUAGAGAUAUUAAAUGUUCAAAUAUCCUUCUAAAUAAUAGAGGACAGAUAAAACUUGCAGAUUUUGGACUUGCUCGUUUAUAUAGCUCAGAGGAAAGUCGCCCAUAUACUAACAAGGUCAUUACUUUGUGGUAUCGUCCACCUGAACUGCUUUUGGGAGAAGAACGAUAUACACCAGCCAUUGAUGUAUGGAGCUGUGGAUGUAUCCUUGGUGAACUCUUCACUAAAAAGCCUAUCUUUCAAGCAAACCAGGAACUUGCCCAGCUAGAGCUAAUAAGCCGUAUAUGUGGGAGUCCAUGCCCUGCAGUGUGGCCUGAUGUAAUCAAACUGCCAUAUUUCAAUACCAUGAAACCAAAGAAGCAAUAUCGGCGGAAGUUAAGAGAAGAGUUUGUUUUUAUCCCCGCAGCCGCACUCGACUUAUUUGAUUACAUGCUCGCCUUGGAUCCCAGUAAGCGCUGCACUGCCGAGCAGGCUCUUCAGUGUGAGUUCCUGCGAGACGUGGAACCCUCCAAAAUGCCUCCACCAGAGAGGUUUUUACACGCUGAGGCAAUGCACCAUAGUAAGAUGGCUGAGAGCCUUCCUUUGUGGCAAGAUUGUCAUGAAUUAUGGAGUAAAAAGAGAAGAAGACAGAAACAGAUGGGCAUGACUGAUGAUCUUUCCACAAUCAAAGCCCCUAGAAAGGACCUGUCUCUGGGCUUAGAUGACAGCAGAACUAACACACCCCAGGCUGUGCUUCCUCCUGCACAGCUGAAAUCUCAGAGCAACUCAAAUGUAGCACCUGUAAUAACAGGCCCUGGACAGCCGUUAAACCACAGUGAAUUGGCAAUUCUUCUAAACCUACUACAAUCUAAAUCAAGUGUUAAUAUGGCUGAUUUUGUCCAAGUGUUGAACAUUAAGGUAAACUCUGAGACUCAACAGCAGCUAAAUAAAAUAAACCUUCCUGCUGGAAUUUUGGCAACAGGUGAAAAACAGACAGAUCCAUCAACACCACAACAGGAGUCUUCAAAAUCAUUGGGAGGAGUUCAGCCUUCACAGACGAUCCAGCCUAAAGUGGAAACUGAUGCUGCCCAGGCUGCGGUGCAGAGUGCAUUUGCAGUCCUCUUGACUCAGUUAAUAAAGGCCCAACAGUCAAAACAGAAAGAUGCCAUGCUAGAGGAGAGGGAGAAUGGGUCAGGACAUGAAGCUUCAUCACAACUCAGGCCACCUCUAGAACCCAGCACUCCUGGAUCUGGGCAAGAUGACCUCAUCCAACACCAAGACAGGAGGAUAUUGGAGCUGACACCAGAACCAGACCGGCCUCGGAUUCUGCCUCCUGAUCAACGACCUCCUGAACCUCCUGAACCACCACCAGUCACUGAGGAGGACCUGGAUUACCGGACAGAAAACCAGCAUGUACCUACCACUAGUUCUUCAUUAACUGACCCACAUGCUGGUGUGAAGGCAGCUCUCUUACAGCUGCUUGCUCAGCACCAGCCCCAGGAUGAUCCCAAGAGAGAAGGUGGUAUUGAUUAUCCCACAGGAGACACAUAUGUGCCCAGUUCAGACUAUAAGGACAGCUUUGGAUCUUCCUUCUCUGCCGCUCCUUAUGUUAGCAGCGAUGGUCUAGGAAGUAGCUCGGCUGCCGCACCAUUGGAAGCACGUAGUUUCAUUGGAAACUCAGAUAUUCAGUCUCUGGAUAACUACAGUACUGCUUCAUCUCACACUGGUGGUCCACCUCAAACUUCUGCCUUUACCGAGUCAUUUCCCAGUUCAGUAGCUGGAUAUGGAGACAUUUACCUCAAUGCUGGUCCCAUGUUGUUUAGUGGAGACAAGGACCAUAGAUUUGAAUAUAGCCAUGGUCCUAUCACAGUCCUCACUAACAGCAGUGACCCUUCCACAGGGCCAGAGAGUACUCAUCCCUUGCCAGCAAAGAUGCACAACUAUAACUAUGGUGGUAACUUACAGGAAAAUCCAGGUGGCCCUAGCCUCAUGCAUGGACAGACCUGGACUUCUCCUGCCCAAGGACCUGGAUACUCACAAGGAUACAGGGGACACAUUAGCACAUCGGCUGGCAGAGGUCGAGGUAGAGGGUUACCAUACUGAGUAUCUCUUUUUCCUCAGGCACAUCAUUUUUAUCUGGGAAGACUUUUUAGCUGCAAUUUCAGGCAGCAAUCCAAGAGACUUGAAUAAUAUUAAUUCAACAACAGCUUUAUUUUUAUGUGGAAAGGGUCUUGCAUACAAUAGUGAAAAAAACAAAACAACAAAAAAAAUCUUUGCUUAAAUUCAUGCUGUUCUUAAAACUAGCUCUAUUGAUUGUACAUCGUCACGGAUUUUAGUUAACAAUUUUAUUUUGUAUUCUUGCAGUUUUAAGUGGAUGCUAACAUUUAGGGACAUGUUUUUAUGGCCCUGUUGCAGAUCUUCUGAACUAUGCACACUUGUGCUUUUUUUGUAAGUUUGGACCAACUUUUAUGUAAACAACCUACCCCUUCCCUCACCCCUCCAGUUUUACAACAAUCAGAAAGGGCACUGAUUUAUUUGGUAUUUUCUUUUUACGAAGCUACCUUUAGUCAAAGGUCACUGUCAGUCUUUGCACCUGCUUUCAGUGUUAUUGUGAAAGGUGUACUUUGUGCUCAUUUCAGAAAAUAAAACACAACCUUUCUCUUGAUGCAACAGUUUUAUAUAAAAAAAAUGGUCAACAUUA